AUGAUGUCUAGUCUCUGUGAAUCUGAAUCGUCGAAUGUGACAUGUUGUUUUUCGUUGAAUCAAACAGAAAAACAAGAGUUUCGAGCUAUUUGGAUUGCGACAGUUUUUAAUAUUGAUUGGCCAUCGUCAUCAAUGAUUUCUGUCACUCAACAACAAACUGAACUUCUUAAUAUUUUGAAUAUGAUGGAACGAUUGAAUAUGAAUGCAGUUAUUUUCCAGGUUCGACCAGCCGGAGAUGCCUUAUAUGCAUCGACUCUUGAGCCAUGGAGCAUCUAUUUAACUGGUAAUCAUGGCGUUCCACCAUCACCUCUCUGGGACCCUCUAACAUUUAUUGUUGAUGAGGCACACAAACGAAAUAUUGAAGUCCAUGCUUGGAUCAACCCAUAUAGUGCACGACUCAGUAGUGCAACGUACGAACUGGCAUCAAAUCAUAUGGCCAAACGAUUCGCUACUUAUGCCUACUCGUAUGCGAAUCAAAUCUGGAUGGAUCCAGGUUCUUCUGAAAUACAAGAUUUUAUCUGUCAAGUUGUUGAAGAUAUCAUUAAUCGAUACGCUGUAGAUGGUAUUCACAUGGAUGAUUAUUUCUAUCCAUACAGUGAUGGAACCGAAUUCCCCGAUCAUGCAACUUAUACUCGCUUUCAAGAGCAAGGCGGAACAUUGAAUCUAAACGAUUGGCGACGUUCGAAUGUCAACAGUUUAGUUUAUUCAUUGAAUCGACGGAUUCAUACAAUUCGACCAAAAGUCAAAUUUGGUAUUUCACCAUUUGGGAUUUGGAAAAAUGGUUUUCCGCCGAGUAUUACUGGUCUUUCUUCUUAUGAUAGUCUUUUCUGCGAUAGUCGACUUUGA